AUGACACAUGAUAAACAAAAUAUAUUUGUUGGUCACAUUAAAAACUCCACAAAUUUAUCAUUAUCUGAUAAUCCAACAUUAAAAUAUUGGGAUCCAUUUAUUAAUCGAUUAAAAAAACUUAAACUUCUUCAAGAAUUAAUUAUUAAUAGCUGUGGAAUUGAUCAAGUCAAAACAAAAAAACAAAAAGAAUCGAAUAAAAUGUUUCCAUCAUUAAAAUUUCUUUAUAUGUCUCAUAAUAAAAUAUCAUCAUUUGAAUCAAUAAAUGAAUUAUCAUCUACGCCAUCAGUAAGUGUUCUUCAAAAUUCAAUUUAUCCGUCAAAUCAAAAUGAAAGUGAAACUGCAAAACAAGAAACAAUUGCACGUUUACCAAAUUUAACACAUUGA